ACACAAGCAGAAGGCAGGACCUCUUCCAUUCUUCCCUUCACCUCUCGGCAACACCAAGCAAGAAACACAGCCCUUCCUUUCAUUCCUUCUCUCGACAAACAGACCUUCCAUUUCAUCCCUUCUUCAUCUCGCGCAAGACAUCAACAACCUCCCAUUCUUCUUUUCUCGGCACCAGUAGCAACUAGUAACCGAGCAGUCUCUUCCUUUCCUUCUUUCCCUCGACAACGAGCAAUAGCAGCAGUCGAGCAUCACAAUCAGUCGUCUCGACCGGAAGCAACCCAGCAGCCCCAUCACUCCCCAGUCAUCAAACUCAUCAACAGCACACGUCAACCUCAAUUAAGUUCCCAGGCUACCGUAUUGUUGGUCUCAACCUCCAUCGUUAUCAUCCUUCUUGUUUCAAUAUCAUACACGACCCCAAUCGUUACGGGUAAUUGGGUGAUAGAUAGAGGAGCUCAACGCCAAUUUUAGGUCGAACAAUCGCCCUCACAAGCUAGGCACGAAGUUGAGGGACAAGGGGUUACAUCAUGGGGGCAAAUUAACUGUUUGGGGUUGCACCCCAAUUUGAGGAGUAAGGAAGAAGGGGAAGAGGGGAAGAGGGGAAGGGAUGGGGCCACGUGGGGAGUGUGUGACUGGCAGGGAAAGGGAAGUGGUGGUGGACCAAGAAAGUGAGAAGAUCGUAGAGGAUGAGAUCGAGAUAAGAUAGUUCGUGGCCAGCAGGCUAGAGGGGCUCAACAUCAGUGUCGUUGAAGAAUGGCAUACCAGGCGUCAGAGUAAGCGCGAAGGACUCUUUUAAGUUAUUUGGACUUUGUGGUAGUGAGUUAAGAACUAGAGAUUCUAGUCGUUUUUUUCAUACGGUUUGAGUUUUGCCCACAUGUUUAGGGCUUGUCAUUUGAGAUUUCGAGUCGUUAAAGUUUGGUGUCAUUAUUUCAAGUGAGUUUGUGUGAUUUCUAAAUAUACCUCGGGGUAGAAAUGUC